AUCAUCUUCUUUGUGAGGCAUGAAAUGGGUACAAGAAUCACUGAGUUUAUUCCAUAAACGACAGCAAGUUACGCCGGUAUUUCCUCGUCGUGGUUCCUUAGGGUCAUUAUGCCUAAAUCCAUGAAUGCUGCACUGAUGAAACCUUUAGUGGUUCUGGCUCUUCCUGGAAUGUAUCUUGUCUACAAGAUUAACGAGCUUAAGAAACAACAGCAAGAACAAAACCGAAGGAAAAUUACAGAGCGAGAGCUAACUCAUCUAAACCAUAAGAUAGAUAAACUCUUGGUAAAACUUGAGGGAAACGAACCAGAACUUGCAAGAUCACGUGAUGAAGAGUGUGCCAUCUGUAUUAAUGCCAAAGCUACCAUGCAGACGUUCCCGUGUGGCCACUGCGUAGUGUGUAGAAAAUGUUUCGUAAAGACCAUUCAGACUGCUGUCUCUCAGCGCGUCCUGCCACUUCGCUGCGUCGUGUGUCGGACCAAGAUCCUCCGACUUAAGCAGAUCUCUCACGUCCGGAGCACGUCUCUUUCAGAGUCCGGGUCACAUCGGGACACUGAGCUGUCAACACCCAUGAGUACCUUCUCUUCCGUUCGUGAAAUGCUAAAUGAACCAGGAGACCUGUUUGCCCCUUCGAUAAUUCUCGAUAAAUCCCGAUCAAAACCGUUGACUCAUAAGUACAAAAAAAUAAAAUUUCAGUUGCAGUGGACCCAACAUUUCCACCGUCGACACGUCGCAUCCCGCCAUUAGUUCUUACGUCUCCGGAUAAGCCAGUAAUCCGUUCACUUAAACCUGUUGUUACAAAUCAGUAUCAACGAUGUUCAAAUAAAAGCACGACAAGAGAUAUCGCACUGCUAUCACCAUCAUCUAAAGAUGUCGAAAAAAAUCACACACGUCCUUCUUCAAGUUACCGCCGGCGUCGACAGGGGUCGUUACUGUGCCGGCCUGCGGAUCUCUUCCCCAUUCCUGAAAUUGACGAGUUGGUAGACGUGAAAGGAAGUGUGGAGAACAGUAUGUGUAAGACAAGAGCUCGAGGUAAGCACAUCGAAACUUACUUGACAUCUAACGAAGACGUGACGUCCAGGUCUACUGGUCAAGGAAAGAAUAAUGAGUCAAUCAAGGAAGUAGCCCAGCAUAAAAACCAUCAACACCUCAACGAGUCAAAGAUCAAUCAAUGUAAGAACACAAAAUUUUCAAAGUUAGGUUCCAACGAGAACAAAAAACAGCCAAAAAACAUUUUAGGAAAGAAGCCCGAGCAAGUGAAAUUGUCUGCUUUUCAACACCUACAAAACCGAUCCCUGUUCAAAGCUUUCAAAAAGAAACCAAAGUAACCCUUCUUCUUAAGUCUUAGUCUUAGUUCCUCCCGUUCCAUUGGGAACAUUGGUCAGCGAGACCUCGCCAUCUGCCUCUGUCAACCCUUCUUGGAUAGGUUUAUUCGUUAUAGAGCAAAGCCACAUUGGGCUAUCUGCUAUGUCCACCGCGGGAAAUCCAACCCCUGAUUUUAGUGUUGUAAAUCCGUAAUUUAUCACGUCCCAAUAGCGGACUCCCAUAAAGGUUACAGCUCUUGUCUGAUCUAUUGUAUAUAAACAUAUAGAAGUAAACGGUACUGACUGUUGAUUGUCUGAUCUAUUGUAUAUAAACAUAUAGAAGUAAACGGUACUGACUGUUGAUUGUCUGAUCUAUUGUAUAUAAACAUAUAGAAGUAAACGGUACUGACUGUUGAUUGUCUGAUCUAUUGUAUAGAAACAUAUAGAAGUAAACGGUACUGACUGUUGAUUGUCUGAUCUAUUGUAUAGAAACAUAUAGAAGUAAACGGUACUGACUGUUGAUUGUCUGAUCUAUUGUAUAGAAACAUAUAGAAGUAAGCGGAACUGACUGUUGAAGAACUAUCAAAUCUUCAUCGAAUUUGAAAGCUGUGAAUAUAAUGAAUAUAGCUGGUGGCAAAGCAUAUGGUUCAUUUUAUGUUUAAUUUUUCAGACAGGAGUGCCUUAAUUUGAGAGUGAAGUCCUGAAAUGAACGUGCAUUGUUUUAAAUGAUUGUGAAGUAGAGACGUUAGUAACUUUUUUUUCAAAUAUUUUUUCGACUAACAUUUUAAGGGAUCCACAUUUUUCAACAUUAAAAUUAACUGUUUUUUUGUCUAUACUUAUUUUAAACAUGGCUAUCGUUCAAUCAUCGUCAACAUCAAAUGAUUUGAUAACUUCUUGUGACUGAAAGUACUUAUUAAUAUAAAUAUAUGUCUAAACGGUUUUUUUUUAUGUUUUCGAAGAUUUCUUUGUGAGUGAAU